UUAGACAUAUUCUUUUGCAUGAACUAUGAAUAACUUCCACACAACACUUUUCUUCUUCUUUGGGUUUGUCUCCUUGAGUUUGUUUCAUGUUUCAAUUUCUUCUAUUGUUUCAACAGGUGACUUCAAUAAGGAUUUCUUUGUAAUAUGGUCCCCCAAUCAUGUAAACACAUCUGAUGAUGGAAAGACAAGAAGCUUGAAACUUGAUCAAGAAUCUGGGGCUGGUUUUGCUUCAAACCAGAUGUUUUUAUUUGGACAAAUUGACAUGCAAAUCAAACUAGUACCAGGUGAUUCUGCAGGCACAGUUUUGGCCUUUUAUCUUACCUCUGAUCAACCCAAUAGAGAUGAGAUAGAUUUGGAGUUUCUAGGAAAUGUGUCUGGCCAACCAUAUAUACUUCAAACAAAUAUUUAUGCAGAUGGAUUUGACAAUAGAGAGGAGAGGAUUUAUCUAUGGUUUGAUCCCACAAAGGACUUUCAUACUUAUUCUGUGUUGUGGAAUCUGCACCAGAUUGUGUUUAUGGUGGAUACAAUUCCUAUAAGAGUAUAUAGAAACCAUGCAGAUAAAGGAGUAGCAUUUCCUAGAUGGCAACCAAUGAGUCUAAAAGCAACCCUUUGGAAUGGUGAUAGUUGGGCAACAAGAGGUGGCCAAGAUAAAAUUGAUUGGAAAAAUGGACCAUUUAUAGCUUCAUUUAGAAAUUACAAAAUUGAUGCUUGUGUUUGGAAAGGGAACCCAAGAUUUUGUAGGGCAUCAAGUUCUACAAAUUGGUGGAACCAAUACAAUUUUAGCACACUAACAUCCAUACAAAGAAGGUGGUUCAAAUGGGUUAGGACAUACCAUAUGAUUUAUGAUUAUUGCAAAGAUAAUGAAAGGUUCCAAAAUAAUCUUCCUAGGGAAUGUUCUCUUCCCAAGUAUUGACCACAUGAGGGAAUGGUUACUAUUAAGGUUUCUUUCCCUCUUGGUUUGGCUUUCUUUAAUUUCAAAUGAGAUGUUACAAUUAUUCCUACCAAAAAGUUAAAAGCUAGAUUUGAUUUGCCCACAAUUGAUCUUUAUUCUUUUUAGCCCUUGAGGCAAAGCAUUCAUUCAUAUAGCUUCUUUUUAUUGGGAGGUUAAGAUUGAUAUUACUGGCUACGUUUUGCCUAAUUUAUUUUGGCAUUAAAAAAAGCAAUAUUUUUUGUACUAAUUGCAAUUAUUGUUAAUUUUAGCUUAAAAGACAUUUCUU